AGCAGCAUUUGUGUGCAGUAAGCAGUUGCAGGUAGUGAGACAGUUGCAUAGUGUCAUUUUGUGCAAGUGUAUUUCGAUUUGCAUUAAAAACGCGGCGUACAUCUUAAACUAAAAUAGUUUAAAGCUUCAAUAAAAAUUAGUGCAAUAAACGAUAUGGAGGCAGAAUCUCUAGAAUUGGAAGAUGGAGAGGUCGUGGAAGACGAGCCCGAAGAUGCCUUUGGGUCUUACAAUAUUCUUCAGCGACCACAUGCAGUGCCAAAUUUCGAGGAAGCUGGCAAAAUGAAAUACAGCGAUGAAUCGGACGAGACUUCAGUUUCCGAAAGUGAUUCAGACUCCGACUCAGACUCGGCUCGUAAUAAAACGAAAAGGCCGAAAUUAAAAGUGAGACCAACUCGAGCUGCGAGGGAAAAUUGCAGGACAAGGAACGACAAGUUUAAAAUCUGGAAUAUGCAAGUGCAGGAGGAAUCGAUAACCGAAGAUUUGGUAUCUUGUGGGGUCACGAAAAGUAUCUACGCAGACCGAAGUGUCGAGAGUUACGACUUCACGUUGGGUUAUUCUUUUAAAAAAAGGGGAGAGCUCCGACAGCGAGAAAAUAAUAGUUCGGACGAGGAGAGAGAAGUCGAGGAAAGACUGAGCAACAAAAGAAAUUUUUCCGACAGGCGCAAUGUUAAACUGAGAUUAGGAAAGAGAAGAGCCGAUAAUGAAGAGGCUGGCGAUGAUGAUCACAAAGGCUCAUCACGAGCGAUGUCAGGUUUAAGCAUCACUCCGGAAUCGUCUGAUGCUGAAAUUGCUGCUGAUAUUGCCGCAAAACUUUACGAGAAGAAGGAUAUUCUGAUAAAGAAAGUCGUGGACAUUUUGGGAAAGCAAAAGGCGAUCGACUUCUUUCACAAGACAAAAAAAAUUGAGGAGGAAGGGGGCAUGCUGAUUAUGAACGGAUCGCGUAGACGAACAGCUGGAGGAGUUUAUCUUUAUCUAGUGAAAAAUGACGAUCACCUUCCUCAGGAGAAAAUCCGAGAAAUUUUUUACGUCGAUAAGAAAGAAAGUGCGGUUCAAAAGAAAAAAUCUGAGGCUUCGGAAAGGAGACGAAAGGCUAAGGAAAAAUUGCGACUUCUUGAAAACGGAUCUGACAAAGAUUUGCCAGCCUUGCUCACAAGAGCGGAACUGUCAACGCGACAAAUUGCGGAAGAGGCGAGAUUGAGACGAGGUGAAGGCAUGGACCGAACUCCUCCCUUGGAUUCUGAGAGAACCGUGUCAAAUCCUCCACCGAGUCCAGUUACGGACGAUCCUGAUCACACGGAACAAGUGAACGAUUUCUUGUCAACCGGAAGACAGGAAAUUGAUUACGACGAUGUUCUCGAUAUUGGCGAUGUGGACAAUAUGGAAGUUUUUUAAUAUCCUGAAAACUUUUAUUUUUAAGCCUUGUCCCUUUCUCAUGCAUUGCUUCUCUAAUUUGCCUCAGUUAAUUUUAGGUAAUUAUUUAUGCCAAUGAAUGAGAAAGUCCCUAAUCUUAAUUUAUUUUUUUCACUUCAUUCCUCAAUUCGUUUUACUUUGUUGAAACAAGAGGCCCUUUAUUUUCUUAUCUUCGACUUUAAUCUCUUUUCCUCGACAAUAUUCACCACAGCCUCCUGCAAACCAAGAGUUGAAAAUAUGGCCCAUGUGUUUUGAAAACGGCCGUAUGGCGGCGCUAGUAGUUACUUUUUUCUAGUUGUUUUGCCGGUUAUAUGACGGUCGUAUGACCCCACUCUCAUGCUGCCAAAUGCUAUUAUUUCUAAUUGAAAGCGUUCCAAAUUGUACACUUUCAGAGUGAAUUUUGAAAGUUGGGAAAUUUUAUUAGAAAAAAUUUGACAUUUUAGCAUUUCUAAUUUAAAGCUUAGAGAAUGAAGCAAUUUUAUUUUACGUA